GCUUCUUGUUGCUCUGUUUAUUUUGUGAUUUCACUGCAAGAGAACAUAGCGAAAUCCUAUUCAGCUGCCCGACCUCGGACAAACAAGUCAAACUACGGAGAACCGAGACUCCGCAAAACCGGCGGAGUCAUUUGUUAUCUUCAAUUAUUUUCAUUCUAAUGCGCUGCUUGGCUAGGCCAAUUUCUUGCUAAUGAAAAGGAAGCUAUUGCAAUGCUUGCGCUUGAGACAAGGAGUUUCAGCUGCCUUAUCGCGCUCAUGCUCCUCACUCUCUGGACGCUUAAAUCAGGUUUUGACAACACGGAAGCUUCCUUUAUUCUAUGACUACCUACAUCCUCAACCGUCUCACUUACUGAAUGCGACAUUAACUGAUCUCUUCCCAAAACAACAACCGUUUGUGCUAGAGAGCAGGACUCUUCCCUCAAUAAAGACCCCGCUUCAUAUGGCACCAGGCCACCACUUGGUCUAUUUUCCUCCUCAAGUUACACUGUCCCAGUUACUAUCUGAUGGUACUGAUGUCUUACAUAGCCCCGGGGACCCAUUCAACAGGCGCCUAUGGGCAGGCGGAAAAGUAAGGUUUCCAAUUCUGAGCGGCCCGCUUCUAGAUGGCAGUAGGGCUGUAUGUCUAGAAACGAUUCGCGACGUGACAGUCAACGGCCUAAAAGGAGAGGAGAAAAUUGUGGUCAGCAUUGAAAGGCGGGUGGGCGUCCUGAAAGAACGGGAUGAGGAGGAGCACGAUAUAAGGAGGAGGAUAUGGACAGAGAACGAAGAAGAAAAUGGACAGGCAUCGGUCAUUGAGACUCGGAAUUUGAUCUUUAUGCGUGAGAAGACCCAGGAACAGCUCGAAAAUGACAAAAAAAAUUUUGGGGAAAAUAACAGGAUCAUCAAACCUCCCUCAGAUGCACAGUUCCGCUAUGGGAUAAGACCAAACAAGUCCUUGCUCUUUCGGUUUUCAGCUCUCACAUUCAAUGCCCAUCUGAUUCAUCUCGACAAAAUUUAUACCCAACACACGGAAGGUUACCGGAACCUUCUUGUACAUGGUCCAUUAACUCUGACGUUGCUGCUUACAGCAAUGCAAGGGCAUCUACAAUCUCGGCAUUUCAUAAAGGACAUUGAAUAUAGAAACUUGGCUCCACUUUAUGUUGAUGAGGAGCUGACAGUCUGCGGUAAGCCGAAGACUGGCAGAAGGACUGAUGCAUGGGAUGUGUGGAUUGAAGGUCCUGAAGGAGGCCUUGCCGUGCGAGGCUCCGUGCAAACAGAAGCUGUAUAAAUGUGGAUAUUAUUGAAGGCUUAUGAGAACGAAAUGCGGUUCUCAAAGUUAAUCCGUGAGGUAGAUGAUACGUAGUCUUUUGAACAGUACAUAUCCUACAUCUACGACUGUCGAAUUAUUACUACUUUGGGCAAGGCGGCAUUAUACUGCCAAUGGGGCGGAAGCGGAAAAACUUUAAGCGAAGAGAAGCUAGCGAGCAC